ACAGAAAAUUAGAGCACGAUCAGUCUUCCUCGUGUCGUGCAUCGCUUCAACAGCAUUUGAACUGGUAAUCGCAGCACGGUCUAAUAGCAAAUAUCUAUGAAUUCAUCGUACCAGUUUGAUUUUUCAUUAUUUUAUCGAGAGAUUUCGCAUUCGAGAACUUUACGAAGUAGACACGGCUUCCUUCGUGCCAAUUUCGCGAGAAACUGACAGACCAAUGAGAAUUAUCAAUGAUGCAGUGUAAUCUACAGUAUAGUAAAAUAUAGUAAAAUAAAAAAGAAUUCACUGAAAGAGAAACAAUUUGUUGGAUUAAGAGUUGCCUACGAUUUUAACAGAUUGGUCUCUGAUUGCAUGAUACCGCGAUACAGCUGACAUAACGAGACCGGAAGGAUACCAUUGCUCCGGUCUACGGCAAACAGUCUUCACUGUUCUCCAGCACGUUUCUCUUCCUUGGUACAACGGACGCUAUUACUGAAGUGCGGUCUAAAUAUAGACAAGAACGAGUGUUUUUGACAUAAAUUGCGUCGCUUUUUUUAUCCCGAUUCAACGUGUCAUCGAGGUUUAUACAUCAGCGCUAUCGACUUUUAUGAAAGAUGAAAAAGUUUGUCUUUCGAAUUCUCCUUACGUCUUGCGUUCUAGGAUUAACAAAAGCUGAUACCGACACACUGCUGAAGCCGAAAUAUAAUUAUAAUGGCGCUGAGAGAUUAUACUGCCCAGCAAACGCUUAUGUCGAGAACCAACCAAUCAAUCGACACGACAGUUCUCUUCGACUGAGACAAUUGAGAUCCGAGAUGAUUCGAGUAGCGGCAGUUCAAGGGCCACCUCUUGAUGGCUACAUCGUCACUUCGGACGAUGAGCAUCAAAGCGAAGCUGUGGACCCACAUGAUAUGAGAAGAGAAUUUCUUACUGGAUUUUAUGGAAGUGCUGGAGAAGCCAUAGUCACUACUGAUAAAGCAAUACUUUGGACUGAUGGUCGAUAUCAUGUUCAAGCAAAUCAUCAGCUGGAUUGCAAUUGGAUUUUAAUGAAGCGAGGUGAACACGACGUACCAACAAUAACAGAAUGGUUGAUGCACGAGUUCCAAAAUCGAUCAGAAGUACGUAUUGGUGCCAAUCCAAAAUUAAUACCUGCAUUUGCGUGGGAGACAUGGGAGGAGGAAUUUGCGAAUUCAUCUGUAAGAUUGGUCGCAGUCCAUAACGACCUGGUAGACUUAAUCUGGCAGGUGGGCCGACCUGAAUACAAUCCGCACGCGGCGUAUCCGUUGACGGACGAGUACUCCGGCAAACCAUGGCAGGAAAAAGUUCAGAGUAUCCGUCUGGAAAUGAAGUUAUCGUCGGCCGACGCACUCGUCGUUACCGCGCUGGACGAGAUAGCGUGGCUCUUCAACGUCCGCGGCUACGAUCUACCGCACACGCCCGUCCUCAGGGCCUACGCGAUUGUUACUCACGAGUCCUUGCAUCUUUACGUAUUGCGUCAAAAGAUCCUGCGAUCUGUCGAUAUACAUCUGAAAAUUGACUCUUGCUCCCAUGCAAACUGCGUUAAAUGGCACAAUUACACAGACAUUUGGAGCGAUUUAAAAACCAUGUCUCAAGUUUGGAAUACAGUGUGGCUUCCAUCGCCGUACGGCUACUCGCCGGGUGCGUCCAAAGAAAUAUACAAUUCCAUUCCUCCAGAGAAAAGAUUGGCUAAAGCCUCGCCUAUAAUCGACCUAAGAGCGGAAAAAAACAAAGUUGAAAUAACAGGUAUGAGAAGAUCCCAUUUAAAAGAUGCAAUAGCCAUGUGUGAUUUCCUCGCUUACAUGGAAGAGCAGUACAAAUUAGACGCUGAAGGAUGGGACGAGAUGCAAGUGGCGAGAGUAAUCAAUGAAAUUCGUUAUGAGCAAGGCGGUAAUAGGGGUAUCGCCUUCCCAACAAUCGCGGGAUAUGGUCCACACGCCGCUAUGCCACAUUAUGAGCCAAAUAAUUUAACAAAUAUUAAAAUUGGAACCACAUCUACAUUAACAAUUGAUUCUGGAGGGCAAUAUUUGGAUGGUACCACAGACGUGACUAGAACUCUUCACUUUGGAGUACCGACCGACGAGCAGAAAAAAGCCUACACGAGAGUGCUGAUCGGUUUGAUUGAAUUAGCGUCUCUGAUCUUUCCUAGUGAUCUAACAGUAGAUCAAUUGGACAUUAUUGCGCGAAGGCCACUAUGGAGCACUGGUUAUGAUUACAUGCACGGAACUGGUCAUGGAAUCGGUCACUUCUCUUCAGUUCACGAAUCGCCUAUCAGCUUGUCAUAUUUCGGAUGCGAAAAUUCAGGAGUCAAGUUGAAGCCAGGAUUCUUUCUUUCAAACGAACCGGGGUAUUACAAAGAAGACGAUUUUGGAGUUCGUUUGGAGAAUAUUCUUGAAGUAAUUCCGGCUGAUAAAUUGUCUCAUAAUGGGCAAAGAUUUCUUAAAUUUAGAGAUGUCACUCUGGUCCCGUACGAACCGAAACUUAUCGAUAUUAAUAUGCUAACUCCAUUGCAUCGGCGUUGGCUAAAUAAUUACAAUAAACGUAUACGGGAAGAAGUCGGCGCAGAGUUGAAAAAGAAUUUAAAAAUGAAAGCAUUUUACUGGAUGAUGAUGAAAACUAUGACCAUUCCAGAGACAGGUUCAGGCGGCUAUUUUUUCCCUGAUUCUCAAGCAAUGCCGUCUACCAGUAGGCAAUUCCAUGUUUUAGUUGCGAUUGUUGCCAUUUAUCAUAUUGUAGCAAAUCUUACAAAAAUAAACGAUUAAAUUGCGAAAUACCUUACUUGCCGAAUAUUAUUUUAAUAUGCGUCGUGAAAUUUUUUUAUCGUCAAGUAUAUCAUUUCCAAAAGUUGAUAGAGGGUAUCACAUAAUUACAUUUAGGCAAGAAAAACAUAGAAAUAAAAAACUUUAAUAAAUUAUUUUUCUAUAUA